CCGACAAACACCUUCACUCGAUGAAUUACGUGCUGGUGGUCUCACCGUGACGUAGGAGCAAUGAAUUUUCCACCCCCUUGCCGAGAAGGUGAUGAAGAAGCAAACCGAAGAAGCUGCAAAUGCACGAAUCUCUUUUUAUUAUGUGGCGCGUCGGUCUUUAUUUUAGUAUAUUUUUAUGUACGAGUUACUGACGUUCAAACGUGUUUAUACGAAAUGCGAAACCAUCUUCUAGGCGGGAAAGGCGGGGCGUUGAGUGCUGUCGGCACACGUGGCGCACGUGGUGGUGGCGGUAUGCUCGAUGAUAUACAGCAGGCAUUGCUACAAUAUGAUGCGGAUAAAACGACUAAGCCAGAUUUUGCCUUGGAGUCCGCCGGUGGCAGAAUUAUAUCCGUGGGUGACACCGAGCAACAUGAAUCGAGUUCCAGGUCCUGCACUCUUUUUGGCAUACCCAUAUGCCAAAGCUCCAAUGGUCCUCGGCAAAUACUACAGCCCGGUGUCUUGCCUGGAGAAUGCUGGGCCUUCAAGGGUUCAACAGGCUACGCACUAAUAAAGUUGUUAGGUCCAGUUUUCAUAGAUAGCGUUAGUAUUGAACACAUUUCAAAGGCAAUUUCACCAACUGGCAAAAUUGAUACCGCGCCAAAGGAGUUUGCAGUUAUCGGAUUAGACUCCGAGGAGGAUGACGGUGAUGGCGCAAAUUUGUUGGGUGAAUUUGUAUAUGACAUCGAGGGUCUUCCAUUGCAAACAUUUGAAACCUAUUCUAUUGACAGAUCAUUCGAGUACAUCGAAUUUAGGGUCUUCUCGAAUCACGGAAAUCCCAUUUUCACAUGCGUCUAUAGGCUACGUGUUCAUGGAACUUUGGAGAUAACCAAUGCAGACGAUAACGAGCUUUAAGCACGCAACAGCGCUUUUGCGCCGUUUAAAGUAUAUAUUUUCUGUAUAUUAUAUGUACCAAUAGUUUUAUAGCUCUAUACAUUAUAUUAAAGUGACAUAA